AUGCACGCCCACAGCCUGCCGUUGUUCCUCCUGCACGUCUGGUGGGCUCUCCUCCAGGCGGGCGCCACGAUGGUAGCCCCGGUACCCCUUCGAACGUGGGGGCAGCCCUCGUCGCCAUCCCCUCUUGCUUAUAUGCUGAGCCUGUACCACGAACCGCUGCUCCGGGCGGACAUCAUACGUAGCCUGCAGGCGCAAGAUGUGGAGGUGGAUGGACAGAACUGGACCUUUGCUUUUGACUUCUCCUUCCUGGGCCAAGAAGAGGAUCUGGCAUGGGCCGAGCUCCGGCUGCAGCUGUCCAGCCCUGUGGCCCUUCCUCCUGAUGUCCCACUCUCAAUUGAGAUUUUCCACCAGCCAAAGCUGAAUGAGGAUAAGGACCCACCCAACUGCCUAGAACGUCUUCAAAUGGACCUGUUCACUGUCACUCUGUCCCAGGUUACCUUUUCCUCGGGCAGCAUGGUCCUAGAGGUGACCAGGCCACUCUCCAAGUGGCUGAAGCACCCUGGGGAGCUGAGAGAGCAGAUGUCUAGUUUGGCUGGAGAGUGUUGGCGGCGGCCUCCCACAACACCUGUCACCAAUGUGCUCCUCAUGCUCUAUUCCAACCUCUCCCCGGAGCGGAGGCGGCUGGGUGGCUCCACCCUAUUGUGGGAAGCUGAGAGCUCCUGGCGGGUCCAGGAGGGACAGCUCUCCCGGGAGAGGGCCAGGAGGCACCGUCGAUAUCACUUGCAGGACAGAAACCAACUGUGUCGGAAGGUCAAGUUCCAGGUGGAUUUCAACCUGAUCGGAUGGGGCUCCUGGAUCAUCUACCCCAAGCAGUACAACGCCUAUCGCUGUGAGGGCGAGUGUCCUAACCCCGUGGGGGAAGAGUUCCAUCCAACCAACCACGCAUACAUCCAGAGUCUGCUGAAACGGUACCAACCCCACCGAGUCCCUUCCACCUGCUGUGCCCCAGUGAAGACCAAGCCCUUGAGUAUGCUGUACGUGGACAAUGGCCGAGUCCUUCUAGACCAUCAUAGAGACAUGAUUGUGGAAGAAUGUGGGUGCCUUUGAGGAGCUCCUGCAGGUGUGUUGGAUUUGCCUGUACCCUGGAAGACUGGGAAGCUCCUAGAAGACAAGAUAACCAUCUAAUCCAAUGAAGAGAAACAAAGAGGGGGAAAAGUCCCUCUGUCCACCAGACCUAAGGAGGAAGGGCUGCCACCCAGUCCUUGAAGGCUCUGUGGGGUCUGGUUGAGCACAGAGGAGAGGGAGAAGGAAGCCUGUGAAGCAGGCUUGCUGGGUUUUCUCUUUGCUGAACAGACAGUAGCACGUGAAAGCACUAGUGCAAGAGUCCUUUAGCUGACUUUUUCAACCCAUGAUCCCCCGGAAAUUGUAUGCAAGAGCUGGAGCAUAUGUGCAUUUAUUUUUGAGGUGGGACAAGGUUGUAUUUAACUUUUGUGUAUUUCCAAAAGUGGCCUUUGACAUACACCCACUCACCCACACCCUUGACGCCUGAAGAUUAAGUAUCACUAUGUAAAAUUAAAAAUAGUCCAUUGGCUUUGGUUGCCUCAGGCUGGGUCAGGGAGCCCCCACAGAGUGGAUCUCUGCUAAUGAGUUGUACAUACAAUAAAGCCAUUGUAUAGUUCUCCUAAGCCAGCUGGUGCCUUUGAAGGGUGAGGCAGGAACUCGUCCAAGAGAACUGGCCACCUUGGACUACAGAAGCUGGAGCCCUGGGGCAUCCCCAAGUCAGUCUGCUUUGGAGGGCACAAUCCAUCCAAGUCUAUUAAAGCUCGUGACAGUUCACCUCAGUCUGUCAAUGCGCGCUAUUAAUGAGGCCCCUGGGCUUCCUAUCCAUCGCGGUGAAGACACUGCCCUGAGUGGCAGACUUGGGUUAUGGUCGCAGCUCAGCCACUGAGAAGCUGUGUGACCUCAGGUGAGUAAUUCACUGCUCAGCCUCAUCUUGUGAAAUUAAAGCAGGCGGAUCCUAGCACAUUUCUGUGAUUCUACUUUUCUCUCGCCAGCUGGCCUCAUUGAGCACUGCCAAAACAGGGGCUGUAUUUUGUUUGGCAGGGCAAGGGAACCAUUUUAUUGGGAAUGUCAGUCCACAGUAAACUUACCCUGCUUUCCUAAGAAGCCCAUAGACUAAUGCUCCAACCUUAGGAAAAAUGAUUCCAAUCUUGUGGGAAUACUUGUUGAGUUUAGAGGGGACUCAAACUUGACUAGGUUGAGUCAAGGUAGUAAUCCUGGCCCAGGAAGGCACUGGCUAGGCUGGAGCCAGGCCUGGGCCUGAGAAACCUCAAUGCCCUGAUUCAGCAACAAAACUGAUCCAGUUGCUCAUUCCCUGGAGUGGAAAUAUCCUGCCCUCCCCACAAUUCAGAAUCACAAGAGGAUCCUGCAUUUGACUCUACUUAGAAGACAGUAAAGCUGGGGAGGCCUUUAGAGGUCAAUUUUUGUACCAUCUUCUUUCCUAAAUGAGACCCCAGUGAGGCCUAGUGGCCUGAUGCUACACAGCUAAGAGUGGCAGGGCCAAGAGCUGAGCUCUGGUCUCUGGAUCCCCAGGGGCACUGUCCUUCAUACCAUCUAGGGGUCUUUGCUCUCUUAGCUUUGAGUCAAGGCCUUAGCCUUUGGAACCAGACAUUUGAAACCCCACUUCCACUAUCAAAUUUAAGUUCUUGGAAGUAAAAAUCCUAUCCCAGGGCUUUAGAGCAUCCUCUGUACUAAAUGGGUGCCCAACUGUUCUUCUAUGGCUGGGGCCAGGAAAGCGAAAGGUCAAGCUAUUUGUGGCUAUAGCUUGUGGGAGUGUUUAAAGUUAGCAGCUCUACCAACUCACAGAACAAACCCCACUGACCACAGGACACUGCCUCAUAUCAAGCAGAAGACGCAGGCACAAAGGAGUGAAAGGACGUUUUGCUGACCCCUGCUAAAAGCUCACUGUGCAGUGUGUCAGUGGCAGGGGCCUUCUGCUGCCAGGCCAGAGGUAUUUGGGGCUAAGCAUACAACACAGCUCCGUGCUCUGGACCCUACCUGCUAGUGCAGGCUUUGUUAAGUCUGAGGAAAUGCUGCCUAUGGGAACUGAGUCCUGCUGUACCCUGAGGGCCAGGAAGGGGCUUUCAGAGAAGUCAGAGGUAUUUUAACUUGCUCUCAAGGCAAAGGUCUCCU